UAAAAUAAUUAAUAUCAUUUGUCAUGCCACCAAAGAAAGGCAAUGCAAAACCGGCUAAGAGUGCUAAAACUGAUGAUUCAACCGAUAAAAGCGCAGGAAAAGAAAAGAAAGGAGGAUCUUCAGUCAAAGUAAGGCACAUUCUUUGCGAAAAACAAAGUAAAUGUUUAGAGGCGCUGGAAAAACUAAAGGCAGGCCAAAAAUUUCCAGAGGUAGCUGCAGCAUACAGUGAAGAUAAAGCUAGAUCGGGAGGAGACCUAGGUUGGAUGGUGAGGGGCUCAAUGGUAGGACCUUUUCAAGAAGCAGCCUUCGCAUUGCCUGUGUCAACUGUCAAUAGUCCAGUUUACACUGAUCCUCCUGUAAAGACAAAGUUUGGUUAUCACAUAAUUAUGGUGGAAGGAAAGAAAUAAUUAUAUUGUUGAGUUUUAUGGGGUUUCAAUAUAUUUUCCUUAAAA